UGCGCGCCGCGGCGGUAAGGGGACGCCGUCUCGCGUUCACGCGGCCGCUGCCAAGGUAACCGGAGCCGACCUGAUGCCACCUAUCAGUGCGCGCGGCGAGAUUGGGGGAAAGCUGAGCCCCCGUCCCGAGGACCCCUCUGUCCUCAGGUACCUCAGGGGGAAGAAUAGGCCAUUCUCCGCAGCUGGGGAGGCGCCAUGGUAACGGGGAGAGGCGCCGGGCGGUCCUUCUUUUUUUUUUUAGCGACUUCUGUGGGCAUCGGCGGAUCAGUCUCACUCGGGACAGCUGCGCCCGCCGGAACGUCCGCCAUGAGGUACCGCUAUCUGCGCCUGCUGCUCAUCCUGCACUUUACAGACGUGAUGGGGGAGGGACAGGACAGCAUAACGCGAAUCAUCGGCGGUUAUAUCGUCCCGCCGUACUCAGCGCGGUAUCUGGUCUCUCUGAAGAGGAACACAGGAAUCCACUUCUGCGGGGGGUCCCUGAUCAGUCGUUUCUGGGUCCUCACCGCUGCCCACUGCAAGACCGACUCCACCAGAGGUUUCAGUCAGAGACAGGGUUCUCUUUCUCCUCUCCUCCUUCAGCUGAACCGGCCGGCCGUGUACAACUCCUUCGUGUCCGUAGUCCCUCUGCCGGCCCAGGGGGCNGCGCUCGGCGAGGGGCGCCUGUGUCAGGUGUCCGGAUGGGGUUUCACCAGCACCACCGGCGGCAGGGCCUCGGACACCCUGCGCGGCGUGAAGAUUCCCAUCGUCUCCUCCCACCGCUGUAACAGCUCCUCCUCCUACUCCGGACACAUCACCGGCAAAAUGAUCUGCGCCGGGUUCACCAAUGGGGGCAAAGACGCCUGCCAGGGGGACUCCGGAGGGCCCCUGGUGUGUGACGGCAGAGUGUUCGGCAUCGUGUCGUGGGGCCACAGCUGCGCCGAUCCCAAAUACCCCGGGGUGUACACGGCCGUGGCCAGUUUCCAGAAGUGGGUAUACAGGACAAUCUUCUCCGGAGAUUUCCAGAAGUUCGGCCAAUGAGAGCCGGCGAGGCCGAUUGCGGGAGCCGCG